AUGCCAACUGCCGUGAACGUAGCGAAGCAAUGCUUAACGGCGGAAGCAGCCUACGCGCUAGAAGAAGCUGCAAACGUGGCGCGUCGACGAGGACACUCUCAAACGACGUCACUUCACGCCAUCUCCGCUUUACUCUCUCUCCCAACCUCCGUCUUACGCGACGCUUGCGCUCGUGUCCGAAACACCGCUUACUCUCCUCGUCUCCAGUUCAAGGCGCUAGAUCUCUGCCUCAGCGUUUCCUUGGAUCGGAUCCAGUCGGGUCAAUCCGGAUCCGAUGAUCCGCCCGUCUCGAACUCUCUCAUGGCCGCGAUCAAACGUUCUCAGGCUCACCAGCGUCGUCUCCCUGAGAAUUUCAGGCUGUAUCAAGAGAUGUCACAGAACCAGAAUUCGAAUUCGCUCUCCUGCGUGAAAGUGGAGCUUCGUCAGCUGAUUCUAUCGAUUCUGGAUGAUCCGGUUGUGAGUCGGGUUUUCGGUGAAGCGGGUUUCCGGAGCUCCGAGUUAAAGCUCUCGAUUAUCCGACCGAUUCCUCACCUUCUCCGGUAUUCGUCUCCUCGCGGACAGCAACAGCCUCUGUUCCUCUGCAACGUAACCGGAAAUUAUCCAGAACCGAAUUUGAAUCCACCGGUUCGAUGGGGUUUCAGCGUACCGAACCGGAAUCUCGCCGUGGAUUCGGAUCACCGGAGAAUCAGCGCGGUUUUCACGAGGGAAAAAGGGAGGAAUCCUCUGCUUGUGGGUGUAUCGGCUUACGGUGUGCUAAUCGAUUUCUUAAUUUCGCUGGAAAACCGAACCGACGUGACUCUACCGGCGAAACUCCAUGGUUUAACCGUCGUUAACAUAAGCUCUGACAUUUCCGAUCAGAUCCUCGUCGAAUUCGAUCAAGCAUACACCGAUUCUAGAUUUCGCGAUUUGGGGAAGAUGGCUGAGCAAAGCUCGGGACCUGGAUUGGUGUUGAAUUACGGAGAUCUGAGAGUGUUCGUCGACGGCGAGGGAAACGGAUCGGUGGCGAAUUACAUCGUGAGCCGGGUUUCGGAGCUGUUGCGGAGACACGGGAGGAGGGUUUGGUUGAUCGGAGCGACGGCGAGCAACGAGGUUUACGAGAAGAUGGUGAGGAAGUUUCCGAGUGUGGAGAAAGAUUGGGAUUUGCAGUUACUCGCCAUCACUUCUCUUAACCCUUGUUUGCCUCACAACAAGUCCAGCUUGAUGGGAUCGUUCGUCCCAUUUGGUGGAUUCUUCUCAACUCCUUCUGACCUGAAACUACCCUUCUCCGGUUUCAAGAAAAAGAUCACCGGACCGGUUUCUUCCAUAUCCGAUCAGACCCAAUCUACCUUGCCACCUUGGCUACAGAUGACCACAAGAACCGAUUUAAACCAAAAAACUGCUACCAAGACCAAAGAAGGGUUGGAAUCAGUUUCUGGAAACAACUCCACGAGCAGCGCUUCUGCAUCGACCGGUUCUGCUAAAUCGGUCACGACCGAUCUGAAUCUGAUGAUGUGCCCGGUCACCACAAGAUCCGGUCUGGAGAAUCCCUUGGAUAGAAAAGAUUUUGCUCAGCCACAAUCUGCGUCCUCAUCUUGCUUGGAUAGUCCAAGAGACGUCAACGCAGAGAGUUUCAAGAUUAUAUACCGAAGAUUGACCGAUAGGGUUUCAGGACAAGAUGAGGCCGCUAGAGUUAUCAGCUGCGCAUUGUCACAACCCCCUAAGAUUAGCACAAGAAGAGAUGUUUGGCUCAAUCUGGUUGGGCCUGAUACCGUAGGGAAAAGGAGAAUGUCGCUUGUCCUUGCUGAGAUUGUGUAUCAAAGUGAACACAGAUUUAUGGCCGUUGAUCUUGGUGCCUCGGAGCAUGGAAUUGGCGGCAGUGAUGAUGCGAGUGCGAUGCGGUUGAGAGGAAAAACAAUGGUGGAUCAUAUCUUUGAAGUGAUGUGUAGGAAUCCUUUCUGUGUGGUUUUUCUUGAGAAUAUUGAAAAAGCGGACGAGAAGCUACAGAUAAGCUUGUUAAAGGCGAUUGAAACCGGAAAGUUUAUGGAUUCGCACGGGAGAGAAGUUGGUAUCGGAAACACCAUGUUUGUUUUGACGUCAGCUUCACCGGAAGAUUCAAGAACAACAACAGCCUCUUAUUCUGAGGAGAUACUCUUGAGUGCUAAAAGAAGGCAAAUGGAAAUAUGGAUAGAAACUGUGUCCAUGUUACCAAAUGUGAGAUCGAUUUCAAGCCCUAGCUCGGUGAACAAAAGGAAGCUGAUGGGUUUGGGGAAAACUCAGGAGAAGAAUGAGACUGUAGAGAAGGGAAAACGAUUGAACAGAACAAGUAGUGGAGUUCUUGAUCUGAACCUUCCGGCGCAAGAAACGGAAACAGAAGAAACAGAUCAUAGUGGAAAGAGCUCAAAGGUUUGGUUUGUGAACUUGAAGAAUCACGACCGUCUGGUUGAGGUUCCUUUCAAGCCUUUUGAUUUUGAAGGACUAGCAGAAAGAAUAAGAAAGAGUGUAAGAGAAAUGUUUGACAAGUGCGUGAGAUCGGAUAGCUUGCUGGAAAUUGAUCCUAAGAUCAUGGAACGAUUACUUGCGGCUGUUUAUUUCUCAGACAGUAGAAAAGAUAUCAUCAAAGAGUUGAUGGAGAAAGUAAUGGCUCGAGUGUUCUUGAAAGUUAAAGAAAGGCAUGAGAUCAGUACAAGUUGUGUUGUAAAACUGGUUGGUCGAGAUCUUGACAUUUGUCGUGAGGAUCAAAUGGACUUGUUCCUUGUAAAAUCUCAGUAG